AUGGCAGGAAGCUCUGUUCUAAACCAGCGUCAGCAUGUGGGACUACAGAAGCUGGUGGCGUUGUCUGGCAUCACUACAGCGUUUCUGGGACCCUCCAAAACCUACAAGAUCAUUCAAGAUGAUGUAACCGGUGAAUCCACUCUGGUGUCCUCGUGUCAUCGGCUCCUACAGAACCUCGAGCUGACCUGUGCUGUGGGCCAGCUGGUUUAUGAGACUGUGGAAGCCCAUCACACAAGGUAUAAAACAGAUACGAAAAGCGGGUUAGCGACGGUGGUGCUAACAAGUUGGGUGGAGGGCAAGUUGCCGUGUGAAGAGGACGCAUUCUGGGCUUGUGCGUAUCGCUUACACUGGGCAUUAAAAGACGCUUUUCUUCUGCCCGGCGUUGGGGGGACGGAAUUGCUUUGCAUUCGUCAACUGCAAGAGCAAGCAGGAGUCUACGCCAACAGCUGCAAACCUGUUCCCCUGAUGAAUCCGAGAUCAGCUGCUGGCCCUGACCGCGGUGUUGUGUUGCAGCUUAUGGCAGAGGGGUUGAUGGACUUCGUGAGCGGCGUGAUGGUCAACACUGGGGAGUUUUCCAAAGUGGAAGCCAGGACUGUUGCGGUGGAGAGACUGCGAGGCUGGGACGGACGUGUUAAUAGAGCGGAGAUGAACGGGGAUCACGAGAGCAGGAUCUGUGAUAAUCUAAGCGUGAAGCAGGAGGCGUGGAGGACAGCUCUGGAUCUAGUUUUCUUGGUUUUACAAACGGACGCAGAGAUUAUAACAGGAGUGGGACAAGAACGAUCGGGGCAGAAGGAGCUUAUGUUUUUAUAG